CAUACUCAGUUCCCAUCUGCUCCUUUAUCAGUAUUGCCCUUUAUCACCCCCCAUAAAGUGAACUCCCUUAUUCACUGCCAAACAGAACCACCCUGGGCCCAUAUGCCUGCCCCACCCCUACUGGGCUUUAUAUGUACAGAGACCCCCCCACCCUUAUACACAGCACUCUACUCACCCCCAGAGGAACAGAACUGUGAGUGUGACCGCCCCGCUCUCUCGUGCCCAAUCAGGAGACGAUGGCUUCUUGGCUUCCACUGCUGCUGCUUCUCGGUGCUCUGGCCGUUAGUAACGUGCUGGAAGCUGCCCAGGUCCGUUCCAGUUGCCCCAAUGGAUGGUUCUUUUACAAGGCAAAUUGUUAUGGGUAUUUCCGCUACCCCCUAAGCUGGUCUGAGGCUGAGUACGACUGCCAGGCAUAUGGACACGGGGCUCACUUGGCCUCCAUACUGGACUCUGCCGAGGCCGACAUCAUUGCUUCUCAUAUCGCCGCCUACCAGACCAACCAACCAGUGUGGAUCGGUCUCCAUGACCCUGAGCAGAAUGGCCGCUGGAAGUGGAACGAUGGCUCCAUGUACAACUACCGCUCAUGGCUCCCCGGGCAACCGGACAAUAGCAACUCGGCCGAGUACUGCGGGGAGAUGUCCUGCAGGGAGAGGUUCCUUAAGUGGAAUGACAGUAACUGCAAGGCAGCCAAACAAUAUGUGUGCAAGUUCAAGCCUUAGAGGUCCAGAAGGCUCCCAAGACCAGAACUCCUGGAGGCCCCGGAGGCCCCGACCGACACUCCUUUACCCGGGAGUCCGGGGGGGCAGCAGCGCAUGAAUAUUAUAUGUACCAAAGGCUCCAAUAAAGUCUCAGUAUCCAAUGUG